GCCCUGGAACACGCGAGGUGGCUGCAGGGACAACGCACAAGAACACAAUGUGGAAGAAGGUGUUAGUAGCGCUGGCGGCGGUGUUGGCGGUGGACGCCCUCAAGGUCGAGGAGGCCGAGGUUCAGCGCGUGCCUCGACAGAGCGGUGGUUACGCGUAUCAGCAACCGGUUGGAGGCCAGGCUGCACUCGGAGCUGGAACUGGAGGAGCAACUGGAGGCCAAGCCGCGCUAGGAUCUGGGACUGGAGGAGCAACCGGGGGCCAGGCCGCGCUAGGAUCUGGGACUGGAGGACCAACUGGAGGCCAGGCUGCACUCGGAUCUGGGGCAGCAGCUGCAGGCGCUGGAGCCGGGGCAGGAGCAUCUGGUGGCCAGGCCGCACUCGGGGCAGGAGUGGGAGGACAAGCAGCGCUCGGCGCCGGUGGGGCCGUCACUCCAUGGCCACCUCUUAUGCCCUACCAGUUCGCCUACGAAGUUAAGGACGACGCAACCACCAAUUACCAUAACCGAGUUGAAUUUGUCGAAAAUGGAGUUCUACAGGGAAGUUUCAGCCUCCUUUCCUCAGACGGCGUUGUGCGCACCUAUAUCUAUUCUGACGAUGGCACUUCUGGAUUUAAGGUUACCUCCCAUGAGAUCCCGACAGACAUCGUUGUAGCUGGAUCGGGCUUGCCAGGAGACCCUAAGCUGGAUCAGCAGGAUUCGGAGCCGGUGGAGCAUCAGCUGGUGCAGCUGGAUCAGCAGGAUUUGGAACUGGUGGAGCAGGAUUCGGAGCCGGUGGAGCAUCAGCUGGUGCAGCUGGAUCAGCAGGAUUUGGAGCUGGUGGAGCAUCAGCUGGUGCAGCUGGAUCAGCAGGAUUUGGAGCCGGUGGAGCAUCAGCUGGUGCAGCUGGAUCAGCAGGAUUUGGAGCUGGUGGAGCUGGAGCUGCAGGUGCUGGCUUCGGAAGUGGAGGAGCAACAUCUUCAGGAGUUGGAUCUGGUGCCACAUUAUUCACAAGCUUUGGUCCAGGUACAGCUGGUACUGUUGGGACAUUUGGUAGCGGUGCCCCUAAUGUUCCUGUAUUUGUGGUACAUCCAAGUCUCGUUGGAGGGGCCGGCGCAUCCCAUACAACAACAGCCACAUUUGGCCAGCCAAGUUUUGCUGCUCUGGUAGGUGGCCCUGGACAUGUUGGAGGAGCAUCUGUUAGCACCCACAGUGCUGCAGGACAAACUGGCCAGCCCACAUCAUUCUUCAUCCUCGGAGGAACAGGAGGUGCAGGAGUAGGUGCUGGUGCUGCAACUGGAGCUGGGGGAGCUGGUAGUGCAGCAGCUAGUGCCACUGGGUCGGCUGGUUUUGGAGCUGGUGGAGCUGGAUCAUCUGGUUUUGGAGCUGGUGGAGCAGGUGCUGCAUCAGCCAGUGCAGCUGGAUCAUCUGGUUUUGGAGCUGGUGGAGCUGGAUCAUCUGGUUUUGGAGCUGGUGGAGCAGGUGCUGCAUCAGCCAGUGCAGCUGGAUCAUCUGGUUUUGGAGCUGGUGGAGCUGGAUCUUCUGGUUUUGGGGCUGGUGGAGCAGGUGCUGCAUCAGCCAGCACAGCUGGAGCGACUGGUUUUGGUGCUGGAUCUACAGGGUUUGGAGCAGGAGGUUUUGGCACCGGUGGUGCAGCAGCAAGUGCCUCUGGAGCUGCUUCUGCUGGAACAUCUGGAUUUACUAGCACCGGAUUUCCCACUGCAUCGGCCCUCACCAGCACCCAAGGCUCUGCAUCUACUGGAUCGACUACAGGAUUUACAACAGGUGGUGGAAGUUCUACCGUGUCAUUCUCUACUGGAGCUCCAGUAGCUGCUGCUCUCACAAGUGCACCUCAUGGUUCUACUUCUGCAUCUUCUGCUGCUUCGUCUGCAGCAUCGGCAGGUUCUACUGGUUCAGGAUUUGGUGCAAGUGGAGCAAGUGCUGCUGCAGCAGGUUCUGCAGGUGCUAAUAUUGGGCAGAUUUUUUCAGCUCACACAGCUAGAGCUGUCCAGUCAGUACAUUCAGCGGCCCAAGCUUCUUCCAGACCAACAGCAUCAGCUCUUGUAUCUUCACCUGCUGGCGUAACAACCUCAGCUGGUGCUAGUGCUGCUUCAAAGUGGAGGAGCAGGCUCAUUUGGCCCAUCUUUCACAGUUUUUUCUCCUGGUAGCAGUGGCGCUGCAGCCGCUUCUGCAUCUGGCUCUGGCUCAACGUUUGGCACAAGUGGUAUUCAAGCAGUUCCAGUAUUUCUCCUGAAUCAGCAGUCAUUAGGAAACUUUGCCUCCACUGGUGGAGCACACUUCUUCACUACUGGUAAUGCAGGAGGUUCCCAAGCACCCUUCACAACAACUGUAUUCAACACAGGUCCAUCACAUGGAAACCCUUCAGUUGGUGCUGCUAUUGCUGUGGGUAGCAGUUCACCGGUGAUUGCCAGCUCUCAAGGUGGUAACGUCCUGGGAACGACGAGACACCAGACAGAUCUUCAAGGCCACAGCAUCUUCGUCAACAAUCCCACUUCUUUCGCUCAAGUUCACACCAAACCAGCAGGCAGCGCAGGAAACGCUCUUCCUGGUUCUCAUGUUAAGUCGCAAGGCUAGGACAAACAUCUGAUAAGAAUGCAUCUCAUAGCUUUUCAAAAAUAUAUUUCAUUGUUGCGGAAGUAGGGAGUGGCUUUAAAUAGAAUGCGUGUUUAUAAGAGAAAUAUAUUUGAAUGCGUUGUUUUUGUUAUCGUAUAUAGUGCUAUUAUGUAAUAUAUCUGUAUUAGUCUGUUAAUCAGUUUUAUGUGAAUGUGAAUUUUAUGUGUAUAUAGAAAUAUAUAAAUGAAAUAA